CUCCUUCAUGCUCACCUCGUGUCCUCUUUUCUUUCUCUCUCUCUCUCUCUCUCUCUCACAACCUCAAACCAACAAAAAGAAAAACAUAGAGGAGAGCAAAUUCUUAAGCCUCUUCUUUCUCCAUAACAAUGGCUGCCUAUGGAAGCUUUCACCGAAUAUUCGACAACCCAAGACAAAACAACUCCACAAAGUCACUUCUUGAUACUCUCUCCUCUACUUCACCUUGGAACCCAAGCAAAGGGCUCCACGUCACCACCCACCACCACGACGAAACGCCACCGCCGUAUACAGAGAUAUUCGGUGAGCUUCAUUUCAGGGAAACAUCCCAUUCUUCUUACGAGAAAACCUCAACCGAGAACAGCAGUCUACAGCUGUGUACUGAAGGUUUAGGGUCAGAGAGCUAUUACGGCUUGGAAGACGAAAAAGUCAACUGUAAAGGAGAAGAAGAAGUUGAUGACGAGAUGAUUCAUGUUAAGGGUAAAGAUGAGGGAAGCAGCUAUGGAGAAGAGUGGGAACCACGAGGGAAGGAACGGAGAGAGUAUCCUCCGGCGAUGACGAGGAUGAGCUUCAAGACGUAUAGGAAAGAAGGGAGGCUUGUGUUGGAAGAAGUUAGGAUUCCGAGGAGAGAGUUUCUACGAGCCAGUCGUGAAGAUGGUCGACUCAAGUUGAAGUUGGUUCAGCCUGAGGAGGAAGACCAUGACGAAUUAGAGGAAGAAAAUGGAAAAGAUAAGCAUGAGGAAGAGCAAUAAUUUUGCGAUUUCCCACAGAAUUUUUAUCCCUUAUUCCGCAAGAUCAAAAUGUAAAAGCUUCUUUAUGCGGUUUUGUAGGUAAAAUCAUGCUUUUGUUGCUCAGUCGUAUGUGGAGUUUUUAUCAUUUACAACUACUCUAACCCUUAUACAAUCUACAAUGGCAAUAAAUUUUUAUUAUGAAGAAGUUAUAUAUAGU